GUGCCGCUCAAAACAAAAAACAGUUACAAACAAUUCGGUUGCGGUUUACGCAAAAGGUUCUUCGAAAUUAAAUCAAGUUAAACUUUAAUUAUUUCUAAAAUAAUUGUUUAUUUUUUAUCAAAUUUAUUACACACUGAUGUUCUUUUAUCAUUAAAAGUAACUGUGGUACCCAAUCUGAAUUUGUUCCACAAAGUGUAUAAUUGUUCCUCCAUCAAACUGACCGUUUUAUUACCGUUCCAUCAACAACGAUGGCACCAAUAGUGGACAACAACCAGUUCGAGUUACUGCCACCGGCAGUCGAGACCCCAGGGAAGAAACGAAAGCGCCAUGCCGACACGAAUCCAUUCCAUUCGUUUUCGGAUCAAACCUUCAGUAUUCCGUCGUCCACUCCGAUCCACAACAAGCAGAUCGAUGGCAGUGGGUUUGAGAAUCCCAGCUUCCGCUAUAACAGCAGCAAUAAGGAGAACUACAACAUCUUCUCCGAUUCCUGUAUGGAGGUGAAAUCGAUCGCGGAACUGGCUGCUGGCAGUAACGGGGAAAACCCGUUCGAAGUGAUUCGCAAGCCACCCAAGAAGAAGAAAAAGCAUUCGAGCUUUGAAGAUAGUUGCUUCGUUAAUCCGGGAUUAAAUCUAGCAGCAGCUGAUAAGCCGGCUCCUAACCCGUUCGAGGUUUGGCGAAAUGAAGAAACGGCGAAGAAGGAGAACGAAAGCUGCUUUGUGAAUGGUGCGCUGAAUAUCAAGGGAAAAGAUAACGGAGAAGGACUUAAUCCGUUCGAGAUCGUACGUCCUUCGGCACAAAUGGAAGCUGUAGCUGCUGGGGAAGCCACAAGUGUCUCCAAUCCGCUACAGGGUUUUGAAAAUCCUGCGCUGGAAAUGCCAACCUAUGCUUUGGCUGUUCCGUUUACUCCAUCGGUUAACCAUAGGAUUAACUUUCAGGAGUUACCACCGACGGCACUAACACCAUGCCAAAUGCUAUCUAAGAACCUUGUCUUCAGUCCGGAUCCUUCUAAGGAGGUAAAACUUACCACACCUAAACGGAAUGUUACUGUGACAAAGCGUAAAUCGCUUUCGGUGAUUAGCGAGGAACAACUGGACAUCGGUGAGGAACUGGACUGCUAUCAGUUGGAGUUGGAGAAUAGCAUCAACGAGGCGAAGGUACUGAAGCAGAAGUCCGCGGUCGGUUCAACGAGCGCUGUCCGCAGAACUCGUCGCAGUUUGAUUGAUGUUAAACAUAUCAGUAAUUUAUCGGUUAAAAUCAAACAGUUGGAACAGCUUGAAAAUGAGCAAGAAACCGAAACCAAAGAAGUCUUGGAGGAAAAGAAAGAAGAGAACAAUCAAGUUGUAGAGAUUUCAACGCCCACUCAAGCGACGUUUUCAGUAGUAAAAGAAACAUCCGUUAAGGAAGAGCUUCGUAUUAACAUCACUAACCCGGACGUACAGUUCGAGGAAGUCGAUGACUUCGAAGACGAAGAACAGGAUGUUGAUCUGUUCGCAAAUCCUGCUCCAUUCCAAAGAGCCUACCGUAAAAAAGAGGACCCAAAACAAGAGCAAGUGGAGUUUAAACUGCCGGAGGCAGUUUCUUCCGGUGAUUCCAAAUCCCACAAAGUUAAAGACGCCAUUCGGCGCAGCUUCCGUCGAUUAAUUCACCCCAAACAACAGCAUCAGGAGUUGGACAUUGACGCUGCGGAAAAAGCUCCCAAACCGGAGGAACCUCACAGUGGUUUGAUGGCUAGCAUUCGGCACAGCUUGCGUCGUAAGACGCAGAAAAACAAACCAAAGGAUCAGCAGGAGGUGGACCAGGAGGAGAAGCAGUCCACUUUAGAAAUGUCAAUCAUUGUGGAAACGCCGCGCGCAGUUUUCAAACAACCAUCUAGCGAUGGUUACACUCCCAUCGCCGCCGGAACAACGGAUAAAGUGGGUUCCACGCUACGCAGCAGCUUGCGUAGGUCAACCAAAGACAUGAAGAAACAUAUGAUGAAGAGUGUGUUUAAUAAGAAUAAGACUGCUGAGGAGGAGAAGAAGUGAGUUUAUUUAUUUUUACUAACACAUUGCAAACCAAUUACACACAAAAUCGAUACCAAAUUUUCUACUAACAUCUAGUAUUUUAACGAUAUUUAUUUGUCAUUGAUUUUUCAAUCUACUCGUUAUUGUUAACAUCAUUUCAUUAGACCGAAAGAUUCAUAUCCAUUUCACUUGAUGUCUCGAAGAUUAGUGUUAAAAGUAUUUAUUUUUAAGUUGCACAAAAAACAGCUACAUCACUACCAGGUUUAAAUUUGUUGCACGUUUUUGAUUGUACUAUUCGAGUAUAAGAAUUACCCACCCAAUAAAGAUUUCUUCUUGA